GUGGUACCUUAAGGUGGGCGAACUGCCCGUUUAGGUAGGCAUGUACGUACCUAAGGUACCUACCCGGGCAGGUAGUGAGGCUCUGUAAGCGACCGUCGAGACAUCGCCCGCUUGCCUACCUCCCAUUGAGGCUCUGCAAUGGAGGAUAAGAGCCCCCGAAUUCCCCGGGUGCCGGGAAUGGGUGCUGGCUCACUCACACCCAUUUCCUCCUCUCCCAGUACGACAUGUGUAAACAAUGGCUAUCGGUCUCGGUCAACCCCAACCAAUGCCUCGCGAACAUUGGCCAAAAGGCCAUACCACCGCGAAGCACCUCGGGAUUACAACGCUUGCCUUAUGAGAUAAUGGCUUAUAUUGCAAGCUACUUGGACAUAGAUGAGAUCUUUGAUUUAUCGCUAUGUUGUUACCACUUUCAGUAUUUAAUGAGAGAAGAAAGCUUCUGCAAGGCUAUCGUUACCGCUAAGGCCUUGUACACGAUAGAGGCACAGGAGGCGCAGCAGACUGGUCAGUUCUCGCGAGCCCUUAGGCGAGUUGCAAAGAGACGUCGAGCACUCUCCCAGGCGUCUCCUUACGCAGUGGGCAUCGUCGGCCUUGCUGACUCUUACGAGUACAUCCACGGCGUACUCUGCUACAUCGUAGAGUCUCGGCCCCAGCGGUGGUUACGUAUUCUCGACCUUCACCGCUCCGCCACCUGCGAGUUUGUCGUGGAUAUCCCAGUCCUGAUCCGCGAGGCUGUGCCAAGGUCUGCCAGAAGUCGGAAGUACAAGUUCCGAGUCUUGUAUCAUGCCAAUGGUAUUACGUCGUGCUUAUUCUCCUUUGCGUUGCCCAAUACGGAAAAUUGGCUCUUAAUCUUCAAUGCCGAAAAAAAGAGGCUCGUGGCUAAGAUGCAGCUGGAGUCGGCCGCCAAGAUAUUCGUAAGAAACAACAAGGAAUAUCUAUACUUCGGGACACAUUCGGAAGAAGGCGCGGAUGGAUAUAGGAAAUGGGUCCUCACUGGUUUCAGGAUCUACGACUGCCAUUGGCUCCCCCAGAAGCUGCACUUGACAAACCUGGUUGGCUACGACGUCGGCUCUACCGUGUGCUUCGAAAUUAUAGACAACCACUUCUACGGGCUCUCGAACCAGACGGAUUUCGAGAUCAGGGAGACGGACUGGACCUCCUAUUACUAUUGCUUUCGCUUUCCCCUCGGCGAUCCUGACUAUAAGACGCAAACCAUGAGCAAGGACGAUAGCUGGAGGAGACAGCAUGUUGAGGGCCCUAUAGACGACAGGUGGGGGUUCCUGAAACUGGAAAAAGACGAAGCAUCCGGCAAGGUCAAUAUAAUCGAGUCCCGGAAGGAAUGGCUUUCGGGGAGGAGUGGCAGUCGACGGACCUAUUACAUCACUGAGGUGUUUUUCCGCUCGGAUGAUGAAGUAGCGGACGACGCGGAGCAACUCCCCGUCAUACCUCGAACGAUGGGCUCCAUCCUCAAAUCUAUGGACAAGUCCCAUAAUAAGCUUUCACGAUUCCAUCUACCUACCAACAUACACCUGGGAGACGACAGCUCGACCAUGCCGAUGUUUACACGGAGCCAAACGUAUUUACGUUCCUAUCAGCGGAGCUGCAGCGCCUACUUAGACCUAGUCGACGACGUCUCUAACGGGUCUCCGAAUUCCCGCUGUUUACGAUUAAGGGCCGGGCAUAGGAAAUUAAAGCCUAUCUCGUGGUCAGAGACAGAGACAGAUGACGGCGAAACCAACAUGGAUAGCCAAUAUACACAGCUUUACCAACCCAACAAAAUCUACUUCUGGCCUCCAAAACGGAAUCCAGCCAACCAGACCAAAUUCUUAAACAAAAUUUACCGAAUUCUCAACCCUCCCGAUUGUAUAGACAGCGUUACCGCCACAGGUGACGAACGAUCCCUAGUUUAUGCUAUUGGAGAGGAUCAAAACGGUCUAAAAGUGCUGGUCUAUAUCAGCUUCGACCCAGCAGCGAGGUUAGCGGGUAUGCAGCGUGAGCAGUACAUAUUAGGGGAACAGGACGUGGUAGAGAUCCACGGCGAAGAGACUUACAGUAUCGCGCCAAGCCCCGAGGGCGGCGUUGGACGUAUGGGUAAGGGCGUAAUUACCAACGAAUUUUCUCGGCGUCCGUUGCCCUCAUACAUUUCCAACACUCCAUCUGUAGCCGUGGUACCUCCUGAGGAAAGAGACGAUUCGACCUGGGCCUGGGUCGAAAACGCUAUGUAUCGGGACCUAAGUGGGAAUUACUUCACUUUUGCCCUCUGAAAUUGACGAACCGACGUGUCGUGGUGUACACACCCUCCCUGUUGGUUAAGAGUUGCAUCCAUGUAUAGGCCGCGUUUCAUCCUGCAGGCUGCGUACGACAACGACAGCUAAGUACUUGUACCUAGAAUGAGAGCGUAGUUUCAAGUAAUAAUUUGGUCAGUGGCGUUUUCCCAAACCUUGGGUGGCAGCUUGUUGUUCGGAAUCGCUGAUGUCUGGCUCACUGCCUC